GGUUAUUAAUAUGAUCAAAUGGUAAGUGUUUACGUCAUUACCUUCGAUCAUCCAACAUUAUAUAGGAACGAGCCUCACAUAUAAACCAAACUUAAAAGUACUACUGUACUAAGAAAGAAGACACAAUGUCCACAUCAACCCAAGAAAACCAAUCUGCCCAAGCGGUGAACGAAGAAGUUUUGUUGGAGAAUCCCGAUUACGGAGUCCAAAUCGUCGAUAAAUCCGAACUGUUGGAGCUAGCCUUGAGUUUCUUAGGGGAAGACGGAGAAAUCAUGGAAAACCCUGAGUUUCUUGGAGAUAUCAUGGGGGAGAAAUCUUCAAGUACUUCAGCCAAGGCCAUCGCGGUAGGAACAGGGCAUAUCAUCAAGGGAAUCUUCACUUGUAGCAAUUCUUACUCUAAGAAGAUUCACGAGGAAGGAACGAUUGCUGAAGAGGAUGAGGAAAGAAGUGGUGACAUAUCACAAAUUGAUGGAGGUGGCAACAAUGAAACUAAUAAGAAGAAUAAACUCAACAAAAAUCUUCAAAGAGCGGAGAAGCUGUGGAAGGUGAGCGAGGCUAUAGGAAUGGCGGCCUUAGAAGGUGGAGAUUUGGUGAGCAGUUCGAUGAUAGCUCCGGUGGUUAAGUCGAAGUUAGGGAAGGCAUUGUUAUCCACUGCUCCAGGAGAGGUUAUCUUGGCAUCACUUGAUUCUUUUCGUAAGUUACAUAGAAUAGCUCCAUUAAUUGUCAAUCUAUACUCAUAUUCAUUUAUUUUGAAGUUUUUGAGAUCAAAAUUUAAAUAAAACAGAUAAACACUUUGAUGUGGUCAAUAGAUAAUAUAAUUGGUGCUGCUGAAGCGGCAGAAAUACAAACUCAUUAUGCCACAUCCAUGGCUGCUACUAGACUUGUGAGUAAGAGUUUUGGAGAGAAAGCCGGAAAAACCACCGGAAUAAUACUGGAAACAACGGGCAGCUUAGGCCGAACCGCCUGGAAUAUUCAAAAAGCUCUCGAGCCAACUUUUUCCAUCACCUCAAAAAUUGUCAAAAAUGCUC